UAUGUUAUAAUUCAAACAUAUUAUUAUCAAGCCGAAACGUCUGUCUUUAUUCCUGUCCUGCAGGAGACGGUUUCCUGAUGUAUCCACAAGAUGGCGAUAGUGUAUGCUCUUGUACGAUUCUGUGCUCUGUCCGCCCGGUGGCGCCGGUUUCUCGUGGUUAUCAGUCCCCGAGUUGAGUGUUAGGAUGGCGGUAGCGGCUGGAGCUGAGGCCGCGGCCCGGUGCUUGGAGGAAUCUUCGGAUAGCGAGCCGGAGCAGGAGCCUGGAGCUCUGCAGAAACUCAUACGCAAAGUGUCUACCUCUGGCCAGAUCCGCAGCAAGACCAUUAUUAAAGAGGGCAUGUUGAUGAAACAGACAAACUCCUUUCAACGCUGGAAAAAACGGUACUUUAAGCUCAGAGGGAGGACGCUCUACUACGCAAAAACAGCGAAGUCCAUCAUCUUUGACGAGGUUGACUUAACAGAUGCCAGCGUCGCUGAAUCCAGCACAAAAAAUGUCAACAACAGCUUUACUAUAAUUACCCCGUGUCGGAAACUGAUUUUGUGCGCAGAGAACCGGAAGGAGAUGGAGGAUUGGAUUGCGGCGCUGAAAAGCGUCCAGAAUCGGGAGCAUUUUGAGUCCACUCAGUACAGCUUGGACCAUUUCUCAGGGAUGCACAAUUGGUAUGCUUGUUCACACGCCCGCCCCACCUACUGCAAUGUGUGCAGAGAAGCGCUGUCUGGGGUCACCUCGCAUGGCCUGUCCUGUGAAGUCUGCAAGUUCAAAGCCCACAAGCGCUGCGCAAUUCGGGCUACAAAUAACUGCAAGUGGACGACCCUCGCCUCCAUUGGGAAGGAUAUCAUUGAGGACGAGGACGGGAUCUCGAUGCCCCACCAGUGGCUCGAGGGGAAUCUUCCUGUCAGUGCCAAGUGUACGGUGUGUGACAAGACCUGUGGCAGUGUGCUGAGACUGCAGGACUGGCGCUGCUUGUGGUGCAAAGCCACUAUACAUACUGCAUGUAAGGAGUUGUUGUCCAGUAAGUGUCCGCUGGGCCAGUGCAAAGUGUCUGUGAUCCCGCCCACCGCCCUGAACAGCAUUGAUUCUGACGGUUUCUGGAAGGCGUCGUGCCCCCCCUCCUGCACCAGCCCCCUCCUCGUCUUCGUCAACUCGAAGAGCGGAGACAACCAGGGCGUGAAGUUCCUGCGGCGCUUCAAGCAGCUGCUGAACCCCGCCCAGGUCUUCGACCUCAUGAAUGGGGGGCCUCACCUGGGCUUGCGUCUCUUUCAGAAGUUUGACACGUUCCGGAUCUUGGUGUGUGGUGGGGACGGCAGUGUGGGCUGGGUCCUGUCUGAGAUUGACACUCUCACCUUGCACAAACAGUGUCAGCUGGGCGUGCUGCCACUGGGCACAGGGAACGACCUGGCGCGGGUGCUGGGCUGGGGUUCGGCCUGCGAUGACGACGCGCAGCUGCCACAGAUCCUGGAGAAGCUGGAGAGAGCCAGCACCAAGAUGUUAGACAGGUGGAGCAUCAUGGUGUACGAAACAAAGCUCCCUCGACAGCACUCCUCCUCCAAUGUCACAGAGGAUUACAGUGAAGAUUCAGGGGUCCAGCAGAUACUGACAUACGAGGACUCUGUUGCUGCUCAUUUGUCUAAAAUCCUGACGUCUGACCAGCACUCGGUGGUGAUCUCUUCAGCAAAGGUGCUGUGUGAGACGGUGAAGGACUUCGUGGCUCGUGUGGGAAAGACUUAUGAGAAGACUCCGGAGAGCUCAGAGGAAUCUGAUACCAUGGCCAAGAAGUGUGGUGUGCUGAAGGAGAAGCUGGACUCCCUUCUCAAGACUCUGAAUGAGGAGUCUCAGGCCUUGCGCUGCCUGCCCAACCCGCCACCCACAAUCACAGAGGAGCAGGAAGAGGGAGAGGGGCUUGGGCUGCAGGAGCCCCCUGUGGAGCGGCCUACCCCCCCAGUCCCCUGCCCUCCCAGGACCAACCCAGGCAUCUUCAAGCCCCGCGAACAGCUCAUGCUGAGAGCCAACAGUCUGAAGAAGGCGAUCCGACAGAUCAUUGAGCACACAGAGAAGGCGGUGGAUGAGCAGAACGCUCAGACACAGGAGCAGGAGGUGUUUACUCUGGGGACCUCGUUGGAGGAUGAGGGGAGGAGCGAGGACAAGGUAUCCCUGCAGUCCUCACACAGCGGAAACAACUCCUGCGUCAACGCCAAGGGACAGGGGGGUAGGAAAGUCUCCAAGUCUCCCUACGAGAAGCUCAUCAGCAAAGGAACUGUGUCGUUGGGCAGCUCUGCAUCACUUCCUGCACAGACAGGAAACCGGGACAAUAUGCCCAUGCUGAGCACCAAAAUUCUCUAUUCAAGCUUGCGUGCCAGUCUGUCUGGUUCACUCCCUGGCAGCUCUGUAAUCAGCCGCUUGCUGGUUAAUGCUGAUCCCUUUAACUACGAUCCUGAGAGCCUUAACUGUUACACAGAAAAAUGUGUGAUGAACAACUACUUUGGAAUUGGACUGGAUGCAAAAAUCUCUCUUGACUUUAAUAACAAACGUGACGAACACCCAGAAAAAUGCAGGAGCCGAACAAAAAACAUGAUGUGGUAUGGAGUGCUGGGGACCAAAGAGCUGCUCCACAGAACCUACAAGAAUCUGGAGCAGAAGGUGCUGCUAGAGUGCGACGGGCACCCCAUUCCUCUACCCAGUCUGCAGGGCAUUGCUGUGCUCAACAUCCCUAGCUAUGCCGGCGGGACCAACUUCUGGGGUGGCACCAAGGAGGACGACACCUUCACUGCUCCGUCCUUUGAUGAUAAGAUUCUAGAAGUGGUGGCAGUAUUUGGGAGCAUGCAGAUGGCUGUAUCGCGUGUGAUCAAACUUCAGCAUCACCGUAUUGCACAGUGCCGGACAGUGAAGAUCACAGUCCUGGGGGAAGAGGGGGUCCCGGUGCAGGUGGAUGGAGAGGCCUGGGUCCAGCCCCCCGGGUACAUCCGGAUCAUACACAAGAACCGAACUCCGACACUUACCAGGGACAGGGCAUUUGAGAACACUCUGAAAUCCUGGGAGGACAAGCAGAAGUGCGAGUUCCCCCGGCCCUCUGCCCAGUUGGCUCUGCUCCCAGAGAUCGUAUCGGAAGAGGAGGCUUCGCAGAUCAACCUGUUCGGACAGUCGGCCGGAGCGCUCAUACACAGUAUCCGUGAGAUUGCUCAGUCCCACCAGAACAUGGAGCAAGAGCUCGCACAUGCUGUCAACGCCAGCUCUAAGUCCAUGGAUGUUGUCUAUGCCAAGUCCAAAAACACAGAGGGUCUAAACUGCAGUGUGGUCCUCGAGAUGGUGAACAACGUGAAAGCACUUCACAGUGAGACUGAACUGCUGCUGGCAGGCAAGAUGUGCUUGCAGCUGGACCCCCCUCAAAAGGAGCAGCUCUCCAGUGCUCUGGGGAAUGUGGACCUACAGCUCCGCAAGCUGACUGACAUAUCCUGGCUGUGCCAGCUCUUGGAGCUAUCCGAUGAGGAGAGUCAUAUGAUGGAGCUCUCCAAGCCCAGCCGCAGUGCAAAGUUCCGCCUGGUGCCCAAGUUCAAGAAAGAGAAAAACAACAAGAACAAGGAGGCCAGUGGCAGCCUGGUCCUGCCAGUGCAUCUCUGGGGCACGGAGGAGGUGGCGAUCUGGCUGGAACUGCUCAGCCUGUGCGAGUACAAGGACAUCUUCAUCGGGCACGACAUUCGAGGAGCUGAGCUCCUGCACCUGGAGAGACGAGACCUCAAGGAUUUGGGUGUGACGAAGGUGGGUCAUAUGAAGAGGAUUUUACACGGGAUCAAGGAGCUGAGUCGGAGCGCACCUGUCGGGGAGGGGUAGCUUCCAUUCUCACUGCGUGCAUCUACAAGGGGCCAUGAAACCAGGCACGAUGCAGGGAAGCGGGUCUGUGUGGAUGGCAACUACCCUGCCCAACAACCACAUGCUGUCAGAAACCUGGAGCCAUACACACACAGUGCCUGAACAGAGCUCUAGAAAGUGGCUGCUAAACCGAAAAACUCAAUCCGCUAUGUGACACACACUCCUCAUUAGCCAAUCAGCCGGAACUGUAUCUGGAAAUGGACCAAUCACAGUUUGUUUCCACCCUAACAAUCAAGUUAGAGAGACGAGCACUGUUGAUGUCAGUGGUACCAUCCCUUAAAGCCUGAGCUGUGGACCAUAGUGCCUUAACUGAUCUACACAGUACCUCAUCAGCCUAUCUAACAGCAGUCUCAGAUUCACAGAACCAAUUGCAGUGCAGUACAGGGUAUCUGUAGAUCUGGGAAGAACUAAAGAAGGAUGUAACCGCAGUGUACGGUAGAAUAAUUUUUAUAAGUCACUGCCACACAUCCCUGUCCAGUCAGUGUUGUUAAUAUAUUGUUUUACACACACAUACCACCAUUGGAAUCACUAGAUCUCUACCUAAAGCCAAAGGUAGACAUACAACAAGAGAUGUAUUCUAGUACAUGAAAUCAUGGGAUGGAAACACUCAAGGAACUGCAGUACAUGUUUUGACACAGAAUUGAGUAUCUGUGUUUUAAUGAGGCAAAUAUGUUAUAGAAGAGUUAAGAGAAAAUAAACUGUCCAUGACAGUUACUUUUUGUUCUUUGCAGUUGUGUUGCUUGUUUUGUCAUGGACAGUCCCAUGCUGGACAUUGUCUGUCCAUAUCAUAGAAAGGGUUAAAGGUUAGUCCAUGUCAUUAGAAAGGGACCACAAACAGAGAAACUCACCCGCGUUUGUUUACUUUGUAGCUGUUGCCAUAAGGACCAAAUGAAAUUGAUGACUUUGAGGCCCUCAGUGGGUGCUUCAAUAUUUUCACUCCAAACAGUCAAUCAGAAUAUCCGAAUAUAUCUUAUGAAACUACAUUUAGAUUGUUUAAUGAAGGAAAAUUUAUUUUCAUUUAAUAAUUUAUUAUAAAGUGGCAUGGACAAAUCAAUGACUCUCAUUGGCUGGAAAAUAAUUUAACACAUGCAAUCAUCUAAACUGGUGCUUACCAGCUCAUUAACUAGUGAUGCCAUGGUUAAAUAUAAUGGGCACAUUCAAUCCCACCAUUGAUUACUAGACAUUCGUUAAGAGGCGUUGGCAUUAAAAGACUUUCAAACAAGUCUGACAUUAAUCUGGAUCAUUUCAAGUCUCUUACAAAUGCACUGCAUUUCCACAAUGAGUCCUGUUGAACACUGUCUCAACCAGUCUGAAUUUAACAUUCCUAUUUGCGAUAAUUCCCAUGACUACAAAGCAGGAAACCAGUACUGCAUUUUAAGCCAAUCGAAUGAGUCUGUCAUUGUAUGAAGUCUCACGAAUCAUGCAUCUAUUAAUGUCACAUCUCUGUUUGAUUCAAGGACUGUGAGAACUCGCUGCACUGCAGAACAAUUCUGUGAAAUGCACCCUCAUUGUAUAAAUAUGUUGAACAAAUCAUUUUUCAGGUUUUUGCAGAAAGCAAGCUGGUUUUAAAGCUUUUUAAUUGUCAAAGGCUCUAAGCAAACCCAGGUGUAACUCCUGGAGAGUCUUAACAAUAUCAGAUCAUCAGAAUGUGUUCUUUACUGUCUGAAGAAGAGAAGGUGGCUGCUACAAACAAGUUCAAUCUCAGUAUUGAAAGCACUGUGUACAACUAGCACAUCAAGCCUUAGCGGAAUAAAGCAAACAGUCUGUGACCUUUUUGUUGGUCAAAUUCUUCUUAGUUGGACUGUUAUCAAGUGCAAUAAAAUAAAAACAUACAUGAAGGAAAGCUUUUGGGAAUUUGUUCCCAAAGUACACCUUGUAAAGUUGAAUGUAAAAGCCUUUCCUCAACUUGAGCCACAAUGUUUCAAUACAGCUUCAAGAUAAACAUUGGUUGUGUAUUUUGUAUGAGUUUUGUGGCAAGUACAUUGUGUUUUUCUCUACCGCUAUCCAGACUACCAUCAGUGGCAUUCAACAUGUGGAAUGUUCCUAAGCUAUGUAUGUAUGUAUGCAAGUGUAUUAAUGUUUUUAAAUUAAGUGUUUAGUAAGUCUGUAUGGAAUUGUAUGAAGCAGGUUCCUUGAAGCCUUGUGCAGGUGUCCUGAGUAAAUCAUCAAUAAUUUUAAAUGGUCAUAAAAUCUGUUUGACGAAGUUGGGACCUACAGAUGUCCUCAAUUAAUGCCUAAGAGCUACGUUCUCACUGCUUUGAGGCAUACCUGGAGAGAGAGUUCAUAUAUCAGAGAUACAAAGAACUCCCAUUUGCCUCGCAAACCAUUUUCUCAUUGCAUAAGAAUAAUUGACUGACAGUUCACCCUUGGCUUUAGGAAUGGGGACCUGGGAUCUAUUUUAUCUACAGAGCCAUGUACUGUUAGGUCAGGGUUUUGGUCUAGGUUAGUACAGUACAAAAGCUAACAGUAGUGUGUGGUAUUACAGGAAUGAGUACAAUCUGCCUUUUUUAUGAAGGUAUUUCAUACAAGUUACCUGUAGGCAGGUCAGUAGUCCAGUACUGUAGUUUCACUGAGUUUGGGGCAGUAGAUUGUAUUCCUAUUUUAUCCAGUUCUCCUUUUUAAUUGCAACAUUUAGUUGCCUGUACUCCACAUAACUUUGAAGUCCCUCAGCCUGUUUUGAUGUGUACUGGAAAAUACAGGCAUGUUGAGAUAUGUUUGUCCUAGGGAGAAGCAGCACAGCUCCAGCACUCUGUAUUGCUCCCCAUCUUCUGAUGCAUCUUUUUAUGUAAUGCACUGUUUUAUACCACGUGAAGCAUUUAUUUGAACACAGCCUUUGUUCUCUGUUCUUUUAUUUUUGGAAGUGACGAAGGCUAAAAGUUGUUGUCUUUCACAGUGGCCACAUUUAUCCCUCAUUUGAGGUUGUGUGCUACUCUCGAUCUUAGCAAAAAGGGCAGUGGAGGGGUGCAGUAACAGCACAAAGUAGAUAAGAUAUGGGUGGAGCCUGUGACAUGCUGAAACAUUCCAGUUACUGCAGAUAGUUUUGGUGAAAUUUAGUGUAGGAUUGGGAUGGACAAAUGUGCUUGGAUAUUCCUGCAUGGUUAAGGCAUGCACAUUAUUGAACAUACCAUUGAAACACAGUACAAUGCUGGGCUGCUAUCAUGCAACCUAGUCUGAAAUAUCAGUUAUCUUAAUGUAAUGGCCUUAAAGUAGCUCUGAAAUGUGCACUUCCAGGUUCACCUGGUACACCAAGGUGUAAUCAUUAGCCUGCCCCCGUUAAGAAAUUCCACAUUCUUCAUCCACUGUGUUGCAAGGGGACAGGUUACACUCUUUUAUACCAGUUGAACUUAGAUAGGUAUAUCUGACAGCCCUUUUGAGGCCACAAGUGUGCUUUCUCCAUGGGAUGUGGAAAUGUGAAACAGGAAAUGAUAUGCAAAUUGUGAACAGUAAAAAUGCAUUCGUUAAAAUAUCCAUACUCUGAAACAAGAGCGUUAUAAAGCGUUAUUUUUAGCACCUGUUAGAGAAAGUAGCACUAAACUGCCCUUUGAUAGUCUCGUCUGGUCUCCCAAGCUUUUGCAUUUUUAGAAUUGUUCUGUGUGGUCCCUUUCUCCAGCAUUUCGGCAACUAAACCUGCAGACGUUGCCGAAUGCUGUAUUUCCGUGUCAACUGGGCGACUGGAAGAAAAUGUAGAGGCUAUUUGAAUAGAUUCCUUUCGGAGGUAAAUUUAGGGAUCAUUCGCUCACUAUUGAAAUACAUAAUUCACUGUUAGAGUGCCUGCAGGUCUGCAGUGGAGCCAUUCAGGUCUGUUGUCCUGUAUAGGUAGAUUAUAGGUCUGAUGGCUUCGCUGUGGAUCUACAGUGCAAUAAAAGACGGCUGGCAGGGACACAUUUCGGAGGAUGUGUGUGUCAGCUGCCAUUCCGUGAGUCGCCAGGAUUAAUAAAAUAAAAUUGCUGAUUCCAAACUGGGGUAGACUGGGGUAAAAUCAUUGGUGACGACUAAAUUUAAAAAAUAAAUAAAUAAAAAGUGAGUGCUACUUGUCUUAAAGUACCAUUGUCUGUGCAAUUACCGUAUUUCACUUUCAAAGCGAGUCUAGACAGCUGUAUCUGGUAAUCCUUUGUAAUUAUCAGAAUACCUUUUCCCCACAAAUGCAAGUGUACUGUAAGGAUCUGUCUUGCUAUAUGUAACUGGCACAAGAUGAAACUCAGAAGUGGUUUUGUGAUCACAAUCCAUGUGUGUCUGUAUAUUAAUGCAACAACAGUACAUGUGUCUGAGGUUUGUCUUCAAUAACAUUUGAUUUUGUAGCUAAAGAGUGUCAUAUGAAAAACGUAUCGGCUUUGAAAAUAUAGCUAGAUGUGGGUAGCACUUAAUUACCAAAUAGUCACAGAAUGGACCAAGUUAAUCAGACCGCACAGAGAUGACACUAUCUGGUAGCAGGCAAGACAAGAAACAAUAAGGGAAUGCAUACUAAACUAUUUGGGGGAGGGGGUUAGUAUGAUGGCAAACUAAUAUUAAAAUGAAUACAUAAAACUUACAGGUACAUAACAAAAAAUAAAUUUGUAAACCUGCAAAGAUUGGCUGGAUACUCUUUAUAAAAUUAAUUUUAAACAUGAGUAGUUACAUCCUCAGGAACUAAGUUUUGUGUAUGUAAAGACUGCAUAUCUGGCUAUUGUACCUUUCAACCUGUAAUGAUUUGCUUUUCUUUGUACAGUGCAGGCCACAGUCUGCAUUUUAAGGACCAGCUGCUUUCCAGGGGGAGUCUACAUGGCAGGAAAAGGUUAAUGGGAGCAGUUCAUUUUACAUAUCGUAUUGGGAAGCUUGCACAAGACUGUGGCCUCUGGCCCAGAGGGUGUGGGGCCCUGUUCCCAGAGUUUCCACUGUGUAUUUAUCGUUUAAUUUAUAGUAAUGUUGUCUGCUGUUCAGUUGAUGUGCUCCUUUCUUUCUCCUGUGUACAUAGUCCCAUCUGGGGUGUGUAAAUACAUUGUUAUUGUACAGAAAGGACCAAUCUUCCAUUAAACAUGUUUGUUUUCAGUUA